UGAGAUCGGAGAAAAUGCGCAGUUGCUGUUCAUUUCUUUUUAAAUCGAUUUUUUUUUUUUUUACACACAGACCUUGACUGGUCCUUCUUACUUUCCGUAGUGAGGGAAUCCAUGAACGCUCCGGUAAAACGAAACACGGUUUCAAUCCCGCGAGAUACUUUUUAGGCGAUUGCUAUCGAUCAAGCUCCGUCAAUUUGUCCCUAACUUGCUUCUCAGAUAUCUUCAACAUAUACCUAGCCAUCAUCUAAGCAGCAUGGACAGCGAGUGCCUGGUGUUGUUGCCUCGGGUGUGCGCUGUACUAGCGGACCCCAGACAGUCCCUACCAGACGACACCAGCCUGGAGAAACUGCUGGACUGGUUCACUGGUCUCACCAAGGAGGACCAUGGCCUGGCCCUGUUGGAGUCCUGCCCCUGUCUGGUGGACUAUAUAUCCACCGCGUGUCUGGACAAAACUACAGAUCCCAGCAUGCUUUCCUUCAGCCUCAAGCUUUCCGGCCUGCUGGCGGCCAGCCAACACGGCUUCAACCUGCUGCAGCCCCCUCGAUGCCUGACCAAACCCCUCCUCCAGCUACAGACUGACCCCAGCCUAUUCGUCGCCUCGGCCGCAAAUCACCUCCUGGCCCGCCUCCUAACCUUCCACCAGCCGGCUACAACCUCACACACAACCCAGGGGAAUGGCCUCACUGUUCCACCCAAUAAGGAAGAGGUAGAAUUGGACAUAACCAUGGAGACAAGUCCAGGAAGCGGGUGUUCCAUCACCAUGGAGAUCUUGAAGCACCUGGAGAUCUCUCUGGAGUCAGACAGCCACACCCAGGUGCUCCAGGGGCUGAGGCUGCUGGCCCUGACUCUCCCCGAGCUGGAGGCUCCUCUGCGGGGCUCGGUGAUCAGGCGAGUCCUGAGGCCUCUGGAGGGGUUGGUCCGAGAAGGCCGCAGAGCAGUCGCGCAGCCUCUAAUGGACGUCCUGCUGGCUACAUACAGGUCUCUCUGCAGGUCCGGUCCGUGUGACUCCAGACUCGUCUCUCUGAUGGCGUCCAUGUUGAACUCCCAGAAUCCCUCUGACGCUGCUCUGUGUGCCGCCGCCACCCUCCAUCCGGAGACCUGUCCUCCAGGCCUCAGACAGAAGAUCGUAGCUGUUCUGCUGGGACCUCUACAGAUGGUUACUGGAGUAACUCUGCUGGACUGGCCCAAUGACAGACACACAGAUGAACAGACUGACCACAGACACACUGAUCAACAGACCGAUAACAGACAGACUGACACUGACCAGGACAGACAGACGGAGGGUCGUAGCUCUCUCUCUCUCCUGCUGGAUCAUCUCAACCACAAACCCUCCUGUGUCUCUCUGCUCUGCGUCUCCGUGUCCAGCGCUCCCUACAUAACAGACAUGGAUUCAUCUGCCUCCGUCAUCCUUGCUGUGGUGUCACUCCUGAGGAUCUGUAACGGCCACUCCCCCUCACCCGAGAGCAAGGCUGCUAUUGGCUGUAGCAAAGCAUCCACCAACCUGAUUGGAUGCAGCAAGGUCCAGAGGUGUUGCCUAGACUCCCUGGCUAGCCUUAGCACCUGCCCUGGAGCUGUGGAACGGGUGGCGGAGGUGUUCCAUGUUCUAGUGCAGAACCUACAGAACCCUGACUCAGACCCCACCGUGCUCCAGAAGAACUACCAGGCCAUGUUGAGGUGGCUUCGUGUGUCUGCAGAGCCUCACUCACUGGCUGAUCUGGUCACUGAAGAUCUCCUGCCCGUGCUAAAGAAGCGUGUGUGUGACGUGCGUUGGGAGGUUCGAGACUCCACUCUGGAGUUCCUCGGCCAUCUAUGUGAGGCGUUAAGCUGCACCGUCACUCCUAUCCUGCUGGAGGCGCUGUGUGAUCAGGAGAGCUAUGUGAGGGCUAGUGCCAUCUCUGCCCUGGCCAGGACACUACCGCUCAGUGACCAGCAGGGGGAGCCAGAGAACCAGACACAGGAGCAGAUCCUGGGUCAGUUACUAGACAUCCUGUCUCAGGAUUCAGAGGGCUUCCCCAGACGUGCUGUGGUCCAGUUCUUCAUCAGCUGGCUAAAGACACACCCAUCAUCUUCCUCCUCCUCCUCCUCCUCGCUGUGUUCUGUCCUAUCGCUGGGCAGCACUGAUCUGGACUGGGAGGUCAAAGUUCACACCCUGGAGCUGGUUGAGCUCCUAAUGGAGGAAACACUACCAGGUCACCAGGAGUCAGAGCUGGGGUCAACUCCUCCCCCUUACGGUGGCUCUGGAGGGACAAACCUACUAACACACACUGACCUCACACAUCCCUACGCUGUGACGCCAAGCCAGCCCUCACCCCUUCUAACACACACCCCAACUGACACACACACGCCCCUCACACACACACACCCAACUACAUCUGUAGUGUGUGGUCUGUCUCGGUUGGUGGAGCUCGGUGUUAUAACAGCGUUAUUCAAUGGCCUGUUUGAUUGCGACAGACCUGUAGCUUUAAAAGCCUGUAGUCUGUUGCUACGACUACGAGACGCGGUGUGUCCGUCCCGGUCGCUAGGGAAAGGUGCCAUGACAACUGACGACACAACAGUUGCCAAGGUGACUUUUGAUCUGAGGGGUCAGGUUUGGGAGCGGGAGGUCACGAGGAAGUUACAGGAGAAGAGAGGAUCUGAUUGGGUUAAAGAGUCCAGGGAAGUAGGUUGUGAUAGGCCGAACAAGAACAGAGAUUCUGAUAGGACAGACGGGGCUGGUUCCGAAGCCUGCGAUAGGUCGACGGGGAAGAGUGUGUGUGAGGGUAGCGCGAGGGUGUGUGAGGUGCUGUGGUCGUUGGGUCUAGAGGAGAGGCAGAGUGUGUUAUCACAGAGUAGUGACCAUGUCCAGAACUCACCCCUCUCUCUACUGGAGGACAUUCUGAACGCUACAGACACCUCACACACUGACGAGGUUACAGUAGACUGUUACUGACACCUCACACACUGACGAGGUUACAGUAGACUGUUACUGACACCUCACACACUGACGAGGUUACAGUAGACUGUUACUGACACCUCACACACUGACGAGGUUCUAGUAGACUGUUACUGACACCUCACACACUGACGAGGUUCUAGUAGACUGUUACUGACACCUCACACACUGACGAGGUUACAGUAGACUGUUACUGACACCUCACACACUGACGAGGUUCUAGUAGACUGUUACUGACACCUCACACACUGACGAGGUUCUAGUAGACUGUUACUGACACCUCACACACUGACGAGGUUACAGUAGACUGUUACUGACACCUCACACACUGACGAGGUUACAGUAGACUGUUACUGACACCUCACACACUGACGAGGUUACAGUAGACUGUUACUGACACCUCACACACUGACGAGGUUACAGUAGACUGUUACUGACACCUCACACACUGACGAGGUUCUAGUAGACUGUUACUGACACCUCACACACUGACGAGGUUCUAGUAGACUGUUACUGACACCUCACACACUGACGAGGUUACAGUAGACUGUUACUGACACCUCACACACUGACGAGGUUCUAGUAGACUGUUACUGACACCUCACACACUGACGAGGUUCUAGUAGACUGUUACUGACACCUCACACACUGACGAGGUUACAGUAGACUGUUACUGACACCUCACACACUGACGAGGUUCUAGUAGACUGUUACUGACACCUCACACACUGACGAGGUUACAGUAGACUGUUACUGACACCUCACACACUGACGAGGUUACAGUAGACUGUUACUGACACCUCACACACUGACGAGGUUACAGUAGACUGUUACUGACACCUCACACACU